AUGUUUAUAAAUUCUAAUCAUGUUAGAUUAUCUUCAUGAUACCUUUCAAUUGUUAAAUGUUUGCAUAAUGUUCGUAAAAAAAUAAAUUAUAUCUAAUAAAUCAAGGUCGAGUGUUUUGUUUCACUCUUGUAUCGGCACAUAUAAAAACCAUGGUUUGGUGGGAUUUAAAAUUCAAAAUCCCGCUUUUUAUUGGUUGAUUAAGACCUCAUCUAAGAUGUUGUUCGAAUAUCUUUCAAUACCCCUUGUUUCGUCCACCCUCAUUUUGCUGUUCACCUUCACCUUGAUAAGUUGGUGGAGAAAAAAUCGCAAUUUACCACCAGGUCCCAAUGGAUUGCCACUCCUUGGUUUUUACCCAUUCCUCUCGGAGAAACCAUACCUGGACUUUGCAGCUUAUGCCAAAAAGUUCAAUACCGAAGUCAUAAGUUUUCGGACAACAGGUGGGAAGUUGAUUGUUGUCCUCAAUAGUUCGAAACUCAUAAAAGAUGUCAUGGUAAAUCGUUCGGAAGAAUUUAUUGGUAGACCGAUUGAGAGCAACUUUUUGGAAUGGUUGUCAAAUGGCCUUGGUAUUACUCAAGAGGAAGGUUCGAAUUGGAAAGAACACCGCAGAUUCUUCCUCCAGGCUGCAAAAAGUUUCGGUUUCGGCAAAGUAGAGAUUGAAUCCACGAUACACGAGGAAAUCAGAACAUUGAUUGAUGACUUGAGAAAGACAAAAGGAGAGUCGGCUCGGUUUGACUUCCACAUUUCAUACGUCAUUAGUACAAUGAUCUCCAAAGUUAUGUUCGACAAGAAGUUCGAGAAGUAUGGCGACGUUUUUCCCAAAUUGGCACAAGGAGUCGUUGACUUGAUCGACAUGAUGGCCGAUCAUAGGUUCUUCUUCAUUGGUUCUAUGUUUAGGUAUGUGGCAAUGCGUUUGAUGCCGUGGUCAGCAAAAGUCAGAGAAGGCAGACAAUUUUUGAAGAAAACAGUCCAGAACCUUAUUGAAGAACACAUCAGAACAUUUGAUCCUAAAAAUUUGAGAGAUUACGUGGAUAGUUAUCUCUAUGAAAUAGAAAAAUUAAAAAAGAAUGGACAACUUGAAAAAAGCACAUUUAAUGGUGAAAGAUUAUUGGCAGUUUCCAUGAACAUGUUGAUGGAAGGAUCUGGUCCAUCGGGUAUUCUAGGUCUCUUGUUAGAAGCUGCCAAACAUCCUGAGGAACAAAAAUUGGUGCAAAAAGAAAUCGAUUCGGUUGUUGGCCGAGAUCGUCUUCCAUCUUGGUUAGAUCGUAACGACCUCGCCUACACUGAAGCUUUCAUCCAAGAAUUGCACAGAUGCGGACAAUCAUUCUAUAUUUCAAAUCUCUACAGCAAUUUUGAAGAGACAAAAAUUAACGGAUUUAGAAUUCCCAAACGAAGUACGGUGAUUGCCAACCUGUGGACCAUCAACAACGAUCCAGAAAUUUAUCCUGAACCGGAAAAAUUCGAUGUCAACAGAUUUUUGGGAGAUGAUGGAAAAAGGAUAAAAACUGACGGACCUUACCCAUUCGGAAUUGGCAAAAGAGAAUGUGCUGGUCAAGCUUUGGCAUCAAUGGAAAUAUUCUUAAUCAUCUCAUCUCUGAUGCAAUAUUUUACACUGUUGCCUGGAAACGAAGAAGGAACCCUGAGAGCUAUACCAAGAGCAUUUUAAUAAUCGAACGUUCUUUGAUUAUGAAAUACGUCAUCAUUUAGUUUUAAGAAACUUUUCCACUUUAAUAGGCAAUGUUUGCCUCCUAUUCAUGUUUUCGAAGUGGUUCGUUAUCUCAAACUUCAACAAACUGAAUAGGUUCAAAAAGUUAUUCGAAAUGUAAUAUAGUUAUCUGAUGCGUGUUUUAACUAUUUUGCUUCUUUUACAUGGCAUUUAAGAGAAGAUUUGUACAUAUCACGUGAUCUCUGUAAAUAGUUCAUUACUUGUGUGAGUGCGUGGGUGAAUGUUGACUGUAUGUAUUCAUUAAACGAAAAUACUUUUCAUUGUUCGAACGAAAGUGUGUUUGAGGAGGGGAAAUUUAGCUUUUACCAAUCGCUCAAAUUAUAUUAAUCAUCAUUCGUUUUAAAAAUUAAAAACAUUCAUACUAAAAUUUAAAAAAAUAGGUGCGUUAAAGCUAAAAAUAAUAAUGACCCGCAAUGUUUUUCUUUAAGAAUAUAAAAAUUCAGUUGCUUUAAGAAAUAAUUCAUUCCAUUUAAAUAAUAACGUUUGUUUUUCCUUUUCGCAAAAUAAAUUAAGCAACCUAAUGUUUUUGUUAGCAUAAUUUCUUAAACAUAAACACAAUUUCGUACCUAGUGCAUUAAAGGAAUUGUUAACAGUGCAAAUAUAAACAUCGAGAAUUCAUUUUUAAAAAAAUUGUAUUUUAAGUAACUAUUUGUUAUAGUAUUAGUUAAUUUUAUCAUAAGAUAUUAUUUGUAUUCACUUAAGCCUUUACUUUAUUGUGAUAUUGUAAAUUGUAUUGGUUGGCAAGUGAACAAAAAUUGUCUUAUUUGUGGAAUGUCUCUCACUAUUGUAAAGAUAUCAUUAAUUAUUCAAAAUAAAUAUAUUUCUUCUUGA